GGGGGCGACGUGCCGUGUUGUAGAUCGUCUCCAGGGUAACGCGCAAACGCGAUAAUUUGUUGAGCGAGCACUGUGUCACGCGGUAGUACUGUGACACUGACAGUGUUUUUAGUUGACUUCCACUUCUUUUCUUGACAGCGGAGUAUUGAUUUUAGGCACACCAAAGUCAACAUUGUUUAGGUUAAUGGGUAACUUUGGGACGUGUUUCGAUAAUUAAAGGUUUGAAGUUUUACACUAGCCCAGAGGAAAGCCUGUCCUAAGCCAUUAAGUAGGCUGAGAAUGGCUAACAACAGGGAUGCUAAUGAGAGCACCCCUCUGCUGGACUCGGGGUCUGUAACCAGACCUGCACCAUCAGUUUUCCAGGGAAGAAGACUGGCAUGUGCUGCCAUCCUGCUGGCCGAAUCAUUAGAAAGGAUUGCAUUCUAUGGCAUCACAUCCAAUUUGGUGCUUUUCCUCAAUAGUAACCCCUUUUACUGGGAAGGCACCCAGGCCAGCCAGGCACCUCUGAUGUUCAUGGGAAUCACUUACCUGAUUUCACCGUUUGGUGGUUGGUUGGCUGAUGCAUACCUUGGGAAGUUCUGGACAAUCGCUGCCAGCUUGAUCCUGUACUUCAUUGGCAUACUAUUUUUCCCUUUCAUUUCAAACGAGGACACCAGGAUUCACCUGUGUGGUCAAGAGAUGGCAUUUCCAGUGCAGCCUGCUGAGUGUGUGAGCAACAGUACCCCUCCCAGCAAUAUAACAUGCCCUACCCGCAGUGCAUACUGUGGGCCAGUUGUCUACACUGGACUUUUCUUAGUUGCAUUAGGUGUGGGCACUGUGAAGUCCAACAUCACUCCAUUUGGGGCAGAUCAGGUUAAAGACAGAGGACCAGAGGCCACUCGCCGAUUCUUCAACUGGUUCUACUGGUGCAUCAAUUUGGGAGCCAUCCUAUCACUGGGAGGUGUGGCCUACAUCCAGCAAAACAUAAGCUUCGAGUUGGGCUUUAUCAUUCCCACAGUGUGCCUCGGUGUCUCCUUUCUAGUCUUUCUGCUGGGCCGCACUGUCUUCAUCACCAAGCCAGCGGAUGGCAGUGCCUUCACAGACAUGUUCAAGAUCCUCGGCUUUGCCUGCUGCUCCUCCCAGAAACCCAAAGAACCUAACUUGCUCCGGGCUAAGCCGUCACUACUGGAUGGUGCCAAAGUGACCUAUGGAGGGAAGUUCCCAGAGGAGAAAGUAGAGGAGGUGAAAGCCUUAGUGAAAAUCCUCCCUGUAUUCUUUGCCCUUAUCCCAUACUGGACUGUGUACUUCCAGAUGCAGACAACGUACGUCCUGCAGAGCCUCCAUCUGAGGAUUCCUGAUACUGAAUCCAGCAGCAACAGCACUGCUGACUCCCACCAGAUGCCGUUCCGCUUUCCUGCGGCCUGGCUGACAAUGUUUGACGCAGUGCUCAUCCUCAUGCUGAUCCCCCUUAAGGACAAAGUGGUGGACCCCAUACUUAAACGCCGUGGCCUGCUGCCCUCCUCCCUGAAGAGAAUUGCAGUGGGGAUGUUCUUUGUUAUGUGGUCGGCCGUGGCAGCGGGUAUACUGGAAACCAAACGACUGGACAUCAUCCGAGCAAAUGGCACUAUUGACCAGGUGCUUGGUAAAGUCACCUACUACGCUGCAGAUUUACCCAUAUGGUGGCAAGUGCCUCAGUAUGUGCUGAUAGGAAUCAGCGAAAUCUUCGCCAGCAUUGCAGGGCUGGAGUUCGCCUACUCAGCAGCCCCCAAGUCCAUGCAGAGCGCCAUCAUGGGGUUGUUCUUCUUCUUCUCUGGGAUCGGCUCUUUUGUGGGCUCUGGCCUGUUGGCUAUUGUCUCCCUCAAGGCGAUUGGCUGGAUGUCGUCCCACGUAGACUUUGGUAAUAUCAAUGACUGCUCUCUGCACUACUACUUCUUCCUCCUGGCGGGGAUCCAGGGCGUCACCCUGCUGGUCUUUCUUAUUGUCUCUGUCAAGUAUGACAAGCAGAGGGGUAGAGCGGGGAGCCACAGGCAGAGUCUGUCCUCAUCUUGACCUCGGGACUGACUCACACACGUCCCUGUAUCGCUCGCACUAUUUCUGCCUUUUCAUUUGAUAUUACUCAGUGCCAAGAGGACCUGCCCAGUAGAUACUAAAGUCAAAUUCUGCAAACAUUCGGGUUUCUUUUAUUACUCCCACAAAGUCUCAAGUGACCCUCUUCAUGAAUUAAGAAAGAUUCAUUUUAAUAUAUAUUUCUUAUUUAAAUGUAUUUAAACUUUUAAGCAGGGAUUGUUUGCCCUACUUUGUAAUGCAAAUGGUUUCACAUCACCGGGUGGAUACACAGGUACCACUCAAAGCUUCAAGGAUUAAUCGAGGAGUCAUGAGGCAGUUACCUAGGUUUGGAUUAUUUUAUAUAACUGUGGUACUUUUUACCCUCGUGUCUUUACUCUUGUUGCCUUUCUUUGAUCCUUUGCACUUGACUUGAGGAGUGGUGCCAUACAAACAUAUUUUCUAAUCAUGAAAAAUGCUUAGUGGUUUUAUGGUUAGAGUUUUUAUUGUGUGUUUUCUAGCGCAGCCUUAUGUUUGGGAGAAUAACAUUUUACUAACUGUUUUGGUGACCUUGGUAUGAUGAUAUCUGUGGUUCAUCAUUCUGAUGAUCUGAGUGAUUUCUGGACGUUCACUCAACUGUCUGACGUGUUUUUUUUUUUAUGUAUUACAAUGUCCUUGAUAGUGUUACCUUGCAAUAGAGUCAAUAUGUACAUCUACAUCUAAACAUGCCAGUGAAUGCAAAAAUCAUCUCAUACAUGGGUUGUCUUUAUGUUUCCUUAGUCAGUCAGUGUGGUUGCAGAUUCCCAAAUGUGAGUUUACAGUGACUGGUGGAAUGAUUGAACAUACAGAACAUAUACAACAUACAAAUGAUUGUUCUAAAUGGUUAAAGGAAAUUGCUCUUUUGUUUUGGGAGAUCAAAAAUUCAAAAUGUCCAUUGAAAGGAAAUUUGUUUCUACAGCCUGUUAAAUUACAUGCUAUAAACGCUACAAAUCCAUCAUCCACAGAAAGCAUUACAUAUAUGAAUAAUGUUAUGUCCAUAUGUUGUGUUACUCAGUGACUCCUGUAAAACUGCAAAGCAGUUGAUUUAUUCUGGCCAACCUGCAAAAACACAUCAAAAGACAUCAGAUUUUCAUCUAUAUAAUUGUCUGGCAAUCUAACCUCAACAAGCAACCUUGAGUCUUGUUUGUAAAAUUGUCUAUGAUGUUCCUGCUUGGAUACUGGUAAAAUGAGUUUCGGUUUUUAUUAUAUAACAGAUUUUUUUUUUCAUAGCAGGUUGGCCAUUAAGUGAAAACCUUGAAAAUCCUGAGAACCAUUGAAAGAACCAUUUGGUUGUCAUAUUUAUUAGACUGUGACGCAUUUGUUUUCGCUUUACUCUGUUGUGUGUAUUUCUCAAAUCUUUAGAAUGAGCACAAACACAAGGUAUAGAAUUUAUUCAUAAAAGAAAACGCUCAGGGCUCCAGGGAAGCAGUGUCAAGUCGUAUUGCACACCAGGAGAUGCAAAACUGACUUUGGGGGCUCAAAACAUACAGUAUGUUUACACACUCCUGUGGUGUAAAUGAAAUUUCAUAUUACAGUACACAGAAACCAGAAGCUGUUUCAAUGACAGUAUGUCCUGUUUUAGUUAAUUUAUUUUGUGUGUUUUUUUGCAUAUUGUACAUAUACUUGCUUUGUUAUCUUAUGAAAGAGUUUAUUUUGGAAAUGUAUUCAGUUUUAAUAAUGCUGCAGUACUGGAAUAUUGUUUUUUUGGUUAUAAUUGUAGCCAUUAAAUCAUCUGAAAAUCUGA